UGAGGGAAUGGAGGGAGGGAGCUUUGCUCUCUUAAUCUUCUGAGAGGGGCAAGAGAGUAUAAAAGACCCAUCAUCACUCAUCCAAUGCUCUUACAGGAAGCCCAGCCUGGAUAUCUACUCAUCCACAGAAGACAUAGUACUGAAUCUGGACCCAGUCAGCAGCUUGUUAAACAAUAAACCAGUCGUUACAUUGUCCAGUCCAUUUUUACAUACAUCAGGAGGAGUAAAUACUAACAGAUCAACACUGACCAGCAGCCAUGAAUCUUGAACUGCCCAAACCAGAGAUCAAGUCAGCCACCCGUGUCACCGGUGGCCCUGCCACACCACGCAAAGGUCCACCCAAGUUCAAGCAGAGGCAGACCCGUCAGUUCAAGAGCAAGCCACCAAAGAAGGGUGUGCAGGGUUUUGGAGAUGACAUUCCUGGCAUGGAAGGUUUAGGCACUGACAUCACUGUCAUUUGCCCCUGGGAGGCUUUCAACCAUCUGGAGCUUCACGAGUUGGCUCAAUAUGGCAUCAUCUGAGUCCUUCACCUUCCCAUCAUCCUCUGUACAUUUAAGAGAUUUCCUGUCAUUGUGGUCCAAACUUCAUGUCUCCACCACGGCCAUUGGCUCCAAGUGGACUGUUCCUAUUUUCAUAAAAAAGGGCAACGUUUAUAAAAAUGGAAAAAGAAAAAUUCACAAAAAGUGAUCUGAAUAUCCAUCCUUUUAGUUUCUAACAGUCUCUGUUUACAGGUAGAUAUACAUUUGCUCUCGUCUCUUCUUUUCCCAUAAUCUCUUCUCUGUUUUUCAUGUGGAACACAAAAAAGUACAAAAAAGAUAGCCUUCGAGUGAGUUUAAACAAGCCACAUGCCCGUGAAAUGUCAUGCUUCUCAUUUCACGUGCCUCAGUGUCGAUCACA